GAGAGAGAGAGGCAGAGAAGGAGAGAGCAGAGCUACAGAGAGAGCGAGAGAGAAGCAGAAAGAGGACGAGAGGCAGAGUGAAAUCAUCUCUUGCAGGCAUUCAGCUUUCUGUCGCUGAUGGGGACAGGCAGAGUAGCCUAGAUACCACCAGUACCUUAUCGGGGGACAGCAUCACCACAUACACACCCUGCACACACAUAAACACACCACAACAUUCCAUAGGAGAAGCUGGUGAAGCUCGGAGGGGGAAACAAGCAUCUCUUCUCUGUGGUGUGGAGAGCUAGAAGACUGGACUAGAGCCUCUGCUACACCACCACGCCGUGCAGGAGCCUCAUCCAGCUCUCCAGGAUCCACUAGCAGCAACAACCCUCAUACAUAGCUCUCCACUCCGAUAGUACAGCUUUCUCCAUCCGACCAUCCGAUAGCUCUCCACUCCACUUGCAAAGCUCUCUCCAGCCGACUAGCUCUUUCUCUCAAAUCCCUCUGUCAGCUCUCUCUUAACCGCUACCAUGAAUUUCCUGCGUCGCCGGUUGUCUGACAGCAGCUUUAUAGCUAAUCUUCCUAACGGCUACAUGACAGACCUCCAGAGAUCUGACCCUCCACCGCCUCCCCCCUCUACAGCCACCCCAGGAGUCACAGCCACAUCCCCAGGACAAGUUCCAGCACCAGCCCCCAACGCUGACCCCCCAGCUCCAGAGUGUGGGCCCCAGCCUGCCCCAGCCCCGGCCCCCUCUUCAGGCUCUGGGUUCUUCAGCUCCCUGACCUCCCUGAGUUCCAUCACUAACGUGGUAAAACAGACAGCAGUGUCAGCUGGCUUGGUGGAUCAGAACCCAGCACCCGGGCCUGGUCCUGUCUCCAUGAGAUUUAAGAUACUGCUGGUCAUCGACGAGCAGCAGAUUGUGUGGUCCAGACUGUUCAGGGGAAGAAGCUCCAAGGAGACUAUGACGUCAAAGUGGAACAGACCAACGGCGGUGGAAGGUUCCACCCACUUCCUGGGCUUUAGGAGGAAAGCCAAUGGAAUAUUGGACACUCGUGCUGCGGGCUUUGGAGUCUGGUCAGACUGGCCGGACCUCAACGACCUGUGCAACCAAACUGGAGUGGAGCUCAGGACAACACUCAUUGGUAUCAGACGGAUGCAGCUACUGCAACACUGGACUGGCCUGAGGCUGCAGGGGAAACUCGCUGCUCUGGACUGUGCUGACUACUCUGUCUCCCAUUCCAUGUACCAGAAUGCUCCCAUUGUGUCAGGCGGCGUUCUCCAGAGGAUCAACCUGGUAUCCAUGCAACGGGUGUGGUACGUGGACAUACAGUUGAUCAGGAACGGAACCAAAGUGGUGAGGUGA